AAAGUGGCGAAAUAACGUUUGAGAGCUUUAUGCAUUGUGACUUUAUGAGCGUGCUUAGAUAAUUGACGAUGUGCCAAUCCGAGGGGUGUUAAGAGAAAUAAAGGGAGGAUGUCCGAUUGCGACGAGCGAUCUGGAUAAGGCCUUCUGGCUGAACGGGUUUCGCUAACAAGCGAGUUGGAGGGCGCCCCACCUGCCUGCAGGAGGCGAGGCUCGCGAUUCUCUCGAUUCCGAAGGGGCACACAUGCUCGCCUUCGUUCCCCUUCGACUCCGUAAGACAUCGGGACCUCCUUCACUGUGGUCCUCAAACGAGCCUCGCGCUCCGCCAGGUACACAACUCCUCACGCAUUCGCUCGCUCGCUCGCUCGUUCGCACGCACGCACGCACGCACGCACGCACGUAUACUUGUAAGUAUACGCACCGGCACUCAAUAAAUAACUGAAAAUCGACCAAGUGAGAAAGACAAAAUGCGGGUAGUCUGCACAUUUUGCGGACUGUUCUUGGCCAUUGCCAUUGUCAAUUGCAGUCCUAUUGUCAAGAGAGAUGCGGAAAAACCAUCCGAGGAAGAUCUCAGUCCAUUGAACGAAGUAAUCGUAAUCGAAGCCGAGGAAGCUGAUGACGAAAGGGGUGAUAGGGAUAAGAGAAAGAUUGGGCUCACGCUUGGAAUAAAGAAUGGCAUCCUCAACUUCGUGUUCGGCAAAGUGGACGCCUUAUUGGACUCAAAGACAAAAGCGCUCGAGGCUCUCGAGGAAGUGAACAAAGCGAAAAAUGCGAUUUACGGAAUAGACGCUAGCAAAUCGUACACAUCGGAAUUCCUGAGUGAUUUGGCGUCCAAGAAGAUUCAGGCCGCAUCAAGCAGCUUAGGACCUAUUAUAAACAGCGCGUCGACGUUCUUCUCAGGAGCUUCGUCUGGUAUAACGAACGCACUUGUCUCGAAAAUCGCGCCCCUAAGCUCACUUUCCGGUGGUCUUUCCGGUGGAGGUGGAAGUGCAGGAGGUGGCGGAUCGGCUCCCGGCGGAUCUGCUCUUCUCGGCACUCUCCUGACUCAAGGAAUCGGUCUUUUGUCGAGUGCGAGCCAAACUAGUGGCAGUUUUGGCGGUUUAGGCGGUUUAGGCAGUUUAAGCGGUGGUCUCAGCGGAGGAGGAGGAGGAGCAGCAGCAGGAGGAACUAAGCCCGCUUCCGGCUUAAGCGAUACGAGUUCCGGUGCUGGAGUCGGAGCUCAAGCCGGAGCUGGAAUCGGAGCCUUCGCCAAUUUGGCCGGGAGGGUGCCUACUACCACGGAUGAUACACCCGUUUUCGACAGAACCAGGGUGUCCUUGGAUAUACCAUCAAGAGCAUUUGGAGCUGGUUUCACUCUAGUAACCAAUAUUAGCAAAAUUCUCAACAGCUUAAUCUUAAAUUCGGCUCGCCGAACACAGUCGGUCCUAGAGGUUUUUAAGCCAUUAUUCCGUGGUUCUUUCGCUAUAAAGGGUUUACCAUCAGAUCAGCACUGAGACAUCUCAUUUCCCUAGGAAUUACUGUACUAUUGCGAUUAAAUUGCUCAAUAAUGAUUGUUUCGUCAAGAAACAUUCAGCAAGUUCCACAUAUUUCCUAAAUAGUACUGUUGAUGAGAAUCUGUCGAGUUGGUUUCAAAAUCUUGAUAGAUUUUAAAUCCCAUUUUGUUAGAUAUACGACUUAAAAUAUCGUGUUUGCUUGGCAGGAUAUUUUUUCGCUGUCACGUGUUACACAAUUUAUUACUAUUAUUUAUGACGCCAUAUUUUUGUCUCAUUUUUAUCUAUUAUUCUUCCAUGAUCGUCAUCUAUUCGAAUAAUAAAUUAAAUUUUUUUUCUGUAUGACUCGAAAAUUGGCGCCAUAAGUGACAGACAAGUUUUUAAUGAUUAAGAACAUAUAGACGAAAUAGAAUAUUUAUGUAUAUGUUAAGUAUCAAUAUAAGAUUUUAAUAAAACAACAUGUAAUAAUAAAAUUCAAACGAUAAACUAAGGAAGUAGGAAAAAGAGCGAGAAUCAAACUAGUUUACAUCCCAUAAAAUUAAUUCUAUAUAAUUAUGGUUGUAAAGAAUUUUUCGAGAAUUUCCCUGAUAUACAUAUGUCAUCACUUUAUAAAACACAUAUUGCCAUAAUCUAUUGAGUCGCAUAAAUGAAAAUAUAAUUGCGUAGACUUUUUAUUUUAUUUGACAACAUAUUACUUAACAUACCUAUUUGUGUGGCAAAAUGGAAACCUUAUAUUUAUCAAAACCGGUUUAUUAGGCAAUAAGUAAAUCGCAAUAAGAAGUUCUACGUCGAUAAUAUGCGUUUGGUCGCAUGACAGACUAUUCGAUAAUUUAUUACACAUAUAUAAAUGUACGAUUUUUGUACAAGAUCGAACGGUCAGAGUGUCUCACCAGAUGACAUCGAGAUCUUGUAACGUUUUGCUGUUCGUGUAACGAGGACGUUCUUAGCAGACAAACUGUAACAAACUGCGGAAAUUGAGCUCCUCGCGCGUUCCAGCUUUUCA